AUGGCUCCUAAUAAAGGAUGGAUGGAUCUUGUUGUUAUUGAUGUUUAUGAUCUAGGAGUAAAAACAUCAAAUAUUGGUGAUUUUAUACAGGAUAUGGCUCUUGAUAAGAGUUGGAUGGGAAUUGAGAAUAGAAAGGACCCUAGAUAUAUUCAUGGAGUUAAAGGUUUUCUGACAUAUACAUUUAGGCAUGAAUCAAUAGAAGAUGCGAUUCCAUGUCCUUGCUUAAAAUGUAGAAAUGUCAAUUACAAGCAAAAAUUUGAAGUUAGGUACCAUUUGUUAAAGCAUGGAAUGCUCAAAUCUUAUACCAUUUGGUAUUUCCAUGGAGAGUCUCUAAAUGAAGAUGUUGACAUCAAUGAUGAUCCAAUUGUUAAUGAUGAUCAAGACUUUGAUGAUGAUAUGAUUGGAUUAGUGAAUGACAUAUAUCGUGGUUCUAAUGUCAACAUUGGAAUGGAUUCUAAUGAAGCAUCGGUUAGAGAGGAACCUAAAGGGGAUGCUACCACGUUUUACCAUCUAUUAAGGGAAGCUAAGGAAAAGUUACAUCCAGAAUGUGAGCUCUCAAAAUUGGCUGCUAUAGUGAAGUUACUUCACAUGAAGAGUUUUCAUCGAUGGACCAACAGAUCAUUUGAUGAUUUGCUUGGUUUAUUAAGGAAGCUUAUUCCAAAUGGAAAGCAAAAUUUGCCAGAAUCAUACAGUAGUGCUCGAAAGUACGUUAGUGGUCUAGGCCUUCACUAUGAGAAGUAUGAUGUUUGUCAGAAUCAUUGUACAUUAUAUUGGGGAUCAUUUGCCAAUGCAACAUCAUGUCAAAUAUGUGGAUUAUCUAGGUGGAAGUCUGAUGAAGGGAAAAGCAAGAGGAAAAAAACCCCAUAUAAAGUGCUACGAUACUUCCCUUUAAAACCAAGGUUGCAAAAAUUGUUUAUGUCUAGUCAGCAUGGUUCAUUUGCAAGUGAUGCUCGUAAUGUUAGACUCGAAUUGGCAAUUGAUGGUUUCCAGCCUUUUAGAAACAUGAGCUCCCAACAUAGCAUUUGGCCUGUAAUUCUUAUACCCUAUAACUUACCCCCUUGGAUUUGUAUGAAGCAAACCAAUUUGAUGAUGUCAAUGAUUAUUCCAGAGCUAUGGGAGGUUGGUGUGGAGACUUAUGAUGCACAUAGCAAAAAGAACUUCACAUUGCAUGCGGCCAUUAUUUGGACAAUUAGUGAUUUUCUAGCCUAUGGAGAUUUAUCAGGGUGGUCAACAAAAGGUUACAAGGCUUGUCCUGCUUGCCACAAAUAUACUAGUGCAAAACACCUUGCUUAUUCAAAGAAAAUGUUCUAUAUGGAUCAUAGAAGGUUUUUGCCUCCUAGUCAUAAAUGGCGUAAGGACACUAAGUCCUUCAAUGGCUUUAAAGAGACAAGAGCAAUUCCAAAACCACUGUCAGGUGAUGAGGUGUUAAUGGAGCUUGAAGCUUUCACUCAAAUGCCAUUUAAUAGAGGUAUCAAAAGGAAGUAUGAUGCUUCAAAUAGUUUCGAGAAUUGA